UCAGAAAUUGUUUUCAGAACUGCAACACGCUGCUUACUCCUACUAAUUAUCUUCGCUGUUCGUUCAGAGCCUCCACUCUCUGAAACCUACAUUUCCAUCUCCGGCGUCCAAAUGUCGUCGUCAUUGCUAGCCGAUUUCCUCCGUCAAGGUGGCGGCAGAGCCAUCAUCGACGGCGGUCUCGCCACGGAGCUCGAACACCACGGCGCCGACCUCAACGAUCCCCUUUGGAGCGCCAAAUGCCUCCUCUCCUCCCCUCACCUCAUUCGCCAGGUUCACGUUGAUUAUCUGGAAAACGGUGCGGACAUUAUAAUCACUGCAUCGUAUCAAGCUACCAUUCAGGGUUUUAAAGCCAAGGGGUUUUCGGACGAAGAAGGUGAAGCCUUGCUUAGAAAAAGUGUUGAAAUCGCUCGCGAGGCUCGCGAUGUGUACUAUGAAAGAUGUGCUGCUUCCUCCUCUGGGGAUGCUGCUGCUGCUGAUGAUGGUAGAAUCCUCAAACAACGCCCUAUCCUUGUUGCUGCGUCGGUCGGGAGCUAUGGAGCUUAUUUGGCUGAUGGAUCAGAGUACAGUGGGAAUUAUGGUGAUGCUGUCAAGUUGGAAACUCUUAAAGAUUUUCAUCGGAGAAGAGUUCAAGUUUUAGCUGAUGCAGGUGCUGACCUGCUUGCAUUUGAAACAAUACCAAAUAAGCUUGAAGCUCAGGCAUAUGCAGAGCUUCUGGAAGAAGAGGACAUAAAAAUUCCAGCGUGGUUUUGUUUUAACUCUAAGGAUGGAAUUAAUGUUGUUAGUGGUGAUUCUGUAGUAGAAUGCAGCUCCAUUGCUGAAUCAUGCAACAAAGUCGUUGCUGUUGGAAUCAACUGUACCCCACCUAGAUUCAUUCAUGGUCUGAUAGUUGUGAUUAAGAAGGUGACUACAAAACCAAUUGUUAUAUAUCCAAACAGCGGGGAAACUUAUGAUGGUGAGAUAAAGGAGUGGGUGCAAAAUACAGGUGUUACAGAUGAAGAUUUUGUAUCGUAUGUAGAUAAAUGGUGCGAGUUAGGGGCUUCCCUUAUAGGUGGAUGUUGCAGGACGACCCCAGCUACUAUUAGAGGGAUAUACAAGACGCUCGCUAAUAGUCAAUCUGCUACUCUUUCCACAGAGUGACUUCCCUGUCAACAGAAAGGAGGCCAAAGUGCAAACCAAUCUAAUUUACAUGUCAAGAAUGCUGGCAGCUUCACCGGGUUGUUGCUACUUUGGGCUAAGAUGGGAAGAUGAAUAUGAUUUGUCUGAUAACAAUGCCGGUUAGACAUUUCUCUUCAACACACUCCAUUGGUGAAUUUCAUUUGAAUUCUGCUAAAAACAGAAAGAGUCUAAAUUUUGUAGUUAGACCCACAUGAAAUUCACCAAAUAAUUGGUGUGGGAUAAAGAGUGUUGUUAACCUUUCUCUUUGGCUAAUUAGUGAGGUGUCCGUUAUAAUUAUUGGUCAAAGUAACUUUCAAUAUACUUUGCCCUUGGAGCUAGUAUCCUGAGAAUUGUUGUUUUGGUCACAUUACAUUAAAGAACAAGGAAAAGAUGCUUGCGUUUUUCUUUUC